UUUCAUUCAGAGAACAUCGAUCACGCUUCUGAACAAGAAGACGAGUCUUAUUUCAGCCAUUUUAGCCACUAUUACCAGUUGCAGCAAAGGUCAUGGGGCGACUGGCUGCAGGCGUAUUGUCAAAGACUGAACGAAGCCAAGUUAUUUCUUCUUUCCGACACAACGUGCUUGUCUGUUGACCCUCUCGCAGGUCUUUGGGCGGAAAGCCGCCGAUCGCAGACCUGCUUACUACGCCAUACACAGCAUUCCAUUCCCCCCUAGCAACCUAACUCGCGAACGGUGGGAUGGACCGGCACCCCUUGGCCAAAGUGUGGUCUCUUCUUCAGGGCCAAACCGAUAUUGACUGCAUUUUACGAGAAAUCCUAGGUCAAUUUACGCACCUCUUCCAUACAUCACCUACUCUUACAUCGGACUCCACCCUCAAUCAAGCAAGUCAGCUCGUCUCGUGGAUCAAAGCUAUUUUUGACCUUCAGCGUACCUACCUCCAAUCCUCAAAUGCUUUGAGUGACCUUCACUCGAUUAUCAUUGAUCCGUAUCUUGUCUCGGCGACUGUGUUCUCUGUCAUCUCUUUGAGUUCUGAGCUCUAUAUACUACCAACUAAUGGACCUAACGUACGGGCAGUCGGCACCCAAGCCGCCUGCACAAUAUUGUCAGGGAUCCGACUUCUUCUCUUACAGCAGCCGCUACAUCUCGGUGUAGUGGAUGAAAUACGGAUCAUACUCUCUGAACUGAGGAAGGUUUGGAAGGAUCCAGAGUCUCCUACACUUGAAGCGACAAUUAUCACCUACUGCGAAUGGUCGAUCAGCAACGACGAAGAAGGUCGGAUAUACAUCCCAGCUUGUGGGGACGUUGAACUUCCGAAAUUUACUACCGGGCUGUUCCUCGAUCUCGACGAGGCCUUUCUGCAACCCCUCUCCGUGCAAAUACACCAAGAAGACACUACUAUAUCGCCUAGACUGUUUUGGAAUAUCUUUGACAUACUCUGGGCAUUAGAAGCUGCGAAAGUAUGGUCGAGUAAGAAUGAUUCUGGUUCUGCCAUCACUCGGCAGUCUGGAUGUACUAUAACGGCGGAAGCAUCAUCUAGAGCCAAUGCGCUCCGGAGCCUUUUCCACAAAGGAUCUCAAAGCUCGACUCAAAGCAAACCCGCUCUGUCAUGCAUCAUGAUCACACUUUUCGAAACGCGUGAGCCUGAGAUUUUGGAACUAUUGCAAUACUAUGGAGGUGAUUCCAUGGACUCGAAUAGCUUUCCUACCCACGAUCAAGCGCUCGUAGAAUUUGGAAACUUUCUUCUAUCGAGAAAAUCAUACAUGCAACGCUGCAAUUCAGAUCUUACAAGACUCUCUUCAGAUUUCCGAAGCCUCCUACAGAACUGGCUUGAGAAGAGCCUAGCCUCCAGCGCAGAUGAUCUCCGCUCAUUAGAUGGUAUACUUACUCCGACAUACAUAGUACAGUGCCCUAAUCUUCACCCGGUUCCGGGGAAAUGGUUAGAAGGGAAAGUAUUAGACGAGAAAGAAGACAGCCUCGUCACAUUGAUGCCUGGGACUCGAUGUCCAAGAUGCCCAACCGAGGGUGACAUCAGCCGCGCUCGACGAAUUGAGCCCAUCACCUCAAUACAAUCACUACUCCAAAAGGGCUAUCAUGGUCAGGACAACCAUCGAAUCCCAGUUCCAUCCGCCCGAUCUUUUCGAGACUUAGCAAAGACUCUCCCUCACACCGACCAGAUUGAGAGUGAUGCAGAUGAUGAGCUCUAUGAAUCUCCACGCAACAUUAACUCGCGCUCUCUAUCCCAUAUAAGAACACCAAACGGAUCACUCGGAGACUUGAAAAUCCACGGCGACCUUCCAACCAAUUCGAAGACUCUCCCUAGUGCCCCACUUGACGAAAAGACUCCUCGGGAGCCCAUAAUCCCAUCAAAGCUCUCUACUCACCCAGCUCGGGACUCUAGGCUCUCUCUCCACAGUUGGUUUGGCCAUAGGGGCUCCAGUGGCUCAAAUACAAGCAUUCCUUUAUCUGACGCCUCGAACGAGUCGAGGCCGGAAAUCUCACCUAGACUUGGAAAUAGGGAAGAUACGUCUUUGAACCUGGCGCACGCUGCAUUCUCAUUUUCCUCCAGCGGCGAUAAUCUUAUCAUAUGGCACAAGGAUGGUGGAUAUAUCGCCCAGUUGUACGAUCUACACACCGACCCGGUACCCGGCCGGAAAUUCCACAUCGAAGGAAUUCAGCUCGCUGGCGCAGGAAAGAACAAGAUUGUCGUUCUCCGAAAAGAUUUUGUGGACCUUCACAAAUACUACUUAGGCGUUGUCAACGUCUCAGAAUGCAUGUACGCCGAAUGCGAGGUCCCGGUGAACGGCUACGCAAAAAAUGCCAUGUGCAUUGUAGUAUCUGGAGAUGAUCGAUAUGCCGCAAUUAGUUGUGGGAACCAAGUUCUCCAAUUUUCGUUGUCGAGUCCAAACCCAUCGUACAUUGGUAGGUUACUGGUCGAAGACGACCUCCACAACAUGGUAGAACAAACACUCUCCAUUUCAGUAGAUGGAUGUCACAUCACCAUAGCCACACAAGCCAGCGAACCCAUAUGCGGCAAACAUAACACUGUUGUUCAUCGCUGGCACUUGAAUCAUUCUGAAGCAGACAGAGCGCCUGUCCCGACUCGCACAUCCCUCCAAAUCCCCCAGGGCAGUCAAGACAGGGGCCUAACAUCCGCUCUCCACGAUCCUUCCACACAGCGUACCCUCCUAACAACCUUCUCCGACACCCCCCCACGCCUGAUUUUCAAAACACAGAUCACAACCCUCAAAUCCCAGUUCGGAGGAGAAAAGAUCCAAGCUGCCACCCAAAGUAGCACGAACACAUCACGCAUCGUCCUCCUGACUCGCACCAAUAAGCUCUGGGAAGUGAAGCUAGGAGAGGGAGGAUUCGCGCGAAAGAUUGAUGCAUUUAGAGGCAAGAAGGCUGUGACCAGUUUUCGACGAAGUUUUGCGAAGAUAGGUAUACCGAGAGAGGAACUUGUUCAUGUUGUAUGGGAGGAAGGCGGUGAAUUGGUUGUUGGCACUGUUCAGAGAGCUGAUGCAGCAAGAGGGAAGUGGGAGAGAACAGAGCCGAAACAGGUUUGGUCUUCCGUGCAGCGAUUGGAAACGACGGAUCUGAUGCAAGGGACAGUGCAGUAAGCAGCUCAACGUCAGAUAUUGCGGACGAGCAUUGGAAACCAGAUACAGAUAGCAAAUGACGGGUAAAUGCAUUUAUUCCUGUUCCCCACCUCCGACCUAAUGCAUUCCUCCUAAAAGAUAUGUACCCUCCACGACUCAACCCCUAAGCCCACGAAACGAGCUCAGAGGAAACGGAGUACG